AUGGGCGCGGCCACGGACCGCCCUGCUGCCACGCUUAACUCCGGGCCCGUCGCCACCGCAGACGAGAAGGUCCCUCCGCCCGGCAUCGAGAAGAGCGCCAGCUACAGCUCCAACACGUCGGCGGCCAGCGACGACGAUGUGGACGCGAAGAGCUCGUCGGCGCCGCACGACGGCUGGCUCGACAGGGCGAAUCCGCUGAAGAGGAGAAACAAGCCCCCUGUGCCCACCGAGCGUGACGUCUCGCGAGAAUAUGGCGCCGGCUUCUUCAGUCUGCUCACCUUCCAAUGGAUGGCCCCGCUCAUGUCGGUUGGCUACCAGAGAACCCUCGAGCUGAACGACAUCUGGCUGGUGAACCCCAGCCGCAGCGCUGAUGUGCUGUCGGCCAAGCUCGUCGAGUCAUUCGACCGCCGGCGAGCUCGUGGCGACCCGCGCCCGCUAGCCGGCGCCCUGUACGAGACCUUCAAGUUCGAAUUCUGGCUCGGCGGCGUCUGCCAGUUGGUCUCCAGCAUCGUCCAGGUCCUCUCGCCCUUUACCCUACGCUAUCUGAUCAGCUUCGCCACCGAGGCCUACUUCGCCCAGCAAGCAGGAAAUGCUGCGCCCUCGAUCGGCCGCGGGCUUGGCCUCGUGUUCGGCAUCACGGGUAUGCAAAUCCUCCAAAGCUUGUGCACCAACCACUUCUUGUAUCGAGGAAUGAUGGUUGGCGGCGAAGCCAGGGCUGCCCUGAUCUCGGUUAUUUUUGACAAGGCCCUGCGCAUCUCUGGCAGGGCAAAGGCCGGCGGCAAAGCUCUGGAUGUCGCUCCGCCCGCCCACAUCCAGCCCGGCUCCGAGGCUGAGCGAAGGUGGUACGAGAAGAUGCUCGGCCGGAAGAAGCAGCCUGCCAAGGGCGGCCCGGCCAAAGGCGUUCCGGUCAAGGGCGUUGCUGGCGACGGAACUGGCUGGGGCAACGGCCGCAUCAUCAACCUGAUGUCUGUCGACACCUACCGCGUCGACCAGGCCUCCGCAUUCUUUCACAUGAUCUGGACUUCUCCGAUCUCCAUCCUCAUCACUCUGGCGCUUCUUCUGUACAAUCUGACCUACAGCGCGCUUGCUGGUUUUGGCCUCUUGGUCAUCACCUUCCCGCUCCUCGGCAAGGCCAUAAAGAGCCUGUUCAAGCGCAGAGUCCGCAUCAACAAGAUCACCGAUCAGAGGGUGAGCCUGACUCAGGAGAUUCUCUCGUCCGUGCGUUUUGUCAAGUACUUUGGCUGGGAAACGUCUUUCCUCGAGCGCAUCGACGCCAUCAGGAACAGGGAAAUCCGCAUGAUCCAGAAAGUCUUGGCCAUUCGCAAUGGCAUCAAUGCUGUCGGCAUGUCGAUGCCUGUCUUCGCCUCUAUGCUGUCCUUCAUCACCUAUUCGCUGUCGAACCACAUGCUCGACCCGGCCCCCAUCUUCUCUUCUUUGGCCCUCUUCAACUCACUCCGUCUGCCUCUCAACUUGCUGCCGCUGGUCCUGGGUCAGACCAUCGAUGCCUAUUCUUCCAUCAAGCGGAUCCAAGAAUUUCUUCUUGCCGAGGAGGCCGACGAGGACAUCCGAUGGAAGGACGACAUGAAGGAUGCCAUUCUCGUCAAGGAUGCCGAUUUCACCUGGGAGCGCUCGCCUUCUCAAGAUCCGGAUCAGAUCCCAGGCAGAGGCCCCAGGAGCCAGAAGCAGAUCAAGCAGGAGAAGAAGGAGGCCAAGGCUGCGGAGAAGAAGGCCGCAAAGGAGGCCCGGAGGAGCGGCGAUGCGCACGAUCCCUCAGACCCGAGCGGGCCAAGCACGCCUGAAGAGAAGGAACCCUUCAAGCUUCGAGAUUUGAAUUUCUCAGUGGCUCGCAACGAGCUCAUCGCCGUCAUCGGAACCGUAGGAUCGGGGAAGAGCUCACUUCUCGGCGCUCUGGCUGGAGACAUGCGCCGGACUUCCGGAGAGCUCAUGCUUGGUUCGACUCGGGCCUUUUGCCCGCAAUACGCCUGGAUCCAGAACGCCACCGUCAGGGAAAACAUCAUCUUCGGGAGGGAGUUCGACCAAGAGUGGUACGACCGGGUCGUUGAUGCUUGCGCGCUGCGGGCUGAUUUUGAUAUGCUGCCCAACGGAGAUCAGACCGAAAUCGGUGAGCGGGGAAUUACUGUGUCCGGCGGCCAGAAGCAGAGGAUCAACAUCGCGCGUGCGAUUUACUUCAAUGCGGACAUCAUUCUCAUGGAUGACCCUUUGUCGGCUGUCGAUGCGCACGUCGGCCGCCAUAUCAUGGACAACGCCAUCUGCGGCCUGCUGGAAAACAAAUGCAGGGUCCUGGCUACUCAUCAGUUGCACGUCCUUCACCGCUGUGACCGCAUCAUGUUGAUGCACGACGGUCGCAUCUCUGCAGUCGGUACCUUUGACUCUCUGAAGGCAAGCAACGAAGAUUUCCAAAAGCUCAUGGCAUCGACGGCUGUGGAAGACGACGAAAAGAAGAAAGAGGAGCCCGACGACGAAGACGAGAUCGAAGAAGAAAAGAAGGACGUGAAAAAGAAGGCGCCCAAAAAGCCUGCUCAAGGGCUCAUGCAAGCUGAAGAGAGGGCGGUUAAAAGCGUGUCCUGGAGCGUCUAUUCGGCAUACAUCAAGGCGUCUGGCUCUAUCCUCAUUGCUCCGUUGGUCCUCUGUCUCUUGAUCAUGUCGCAGGGCGCCAAUAUCGUUACAAGCUUGUGGCUUUCGUGGUGGACGUCGAACAAGUUCGGGUAUUCGGAAGGCAUUUACAUUGGUGUUUACGCCGCUUUGGGCUUUACGCAGGCGCUGCUGAUGUUCAUCUUUUCCGUUGCUCUGUCUGUGUUUGGCACCAAAGGCUCCAAGGUCAUGCUGCAUCAAGCCAUUACCAGAGUCCUCAGAGCACCCAUGUCGUUCUUCGACACCACCCCCCUCGGCCGGAUCACGAACCGUUUUUCCAAGGACAUCGACACCAUGGACAAUACUCUCACGGACUCUAUGCGCAUGUUUCUCCUCACAAUGGCCAUGAUUAUUUCCGUCUUCGCCCUCAUCAUCGCGUACUUCCAUUAUUUUGCCAUCGCCCUCGGCCCGCUGUUUCUCCUCUUCAUUUUCUCUGCUAGCUAUUACCGAGCCUCUGCCCGGGAGAUCAAGCGUCACGAAUCUGUGCUGCGUAGUACCGUUUUCUCACGCUUCACCGAGGCCGUCUCGGGUGUUGCUACGGUAAGGGCCUACGGCCUCCAGUCGAGAUUCUCCAAGUCAAUAAGGGAGGCCGUUGACGACAUGGAUUCGGCUUACUACUUGACCUUUUCCAACCAGCGCUGGCUUAGCACACGUCUUGAUGCCAUUGGCAAUAUGCUCGUCUUCGUUACCGGUAUCCUGGUUGUGACGCAGCGCUUCGAUGUCAGCCCGAGCAUCGCUGGUCUCGUUCUAUCGUACAUUUUGUCCAUUGUCCAGAUGAUCCAGUUCACGGUGCGGCAGCUUGCUGAAGUCGAGAACAACAUGAACUCGACCGAGCGCAUAUACCACUACGGCACACAGCUGGAGCAGGAGCCUCCCCUCCACCUGAGCCCCGUCGCACCCACCUGGCCCGAACGUGGCGAGAUUGUCUUUGACAACGUACACAUGCGGUACCGUGACGGCCUUCCGCUCGUCCUCCGCGGUCUCAACAUGCACGUACUUCCUGGCGAGCGCAUCGGCGUCGUCGGUCGCACCGGAGCCGGCAAGUCAUCUAUCAUGAGCACUCUCUUCCGCUUAGUCGAGUUGUCGGGCGGAUCCAUCACUAUUGAUGGCGUCAACAUCAGCACGAUCGGUCUCAAGGACCUGCGCUCCCGCCUUGCCAUCAUCCCGCAGGACCCUACUCUCUUCCGCGGUACGAUACGUACCAACCUCGACCCUUUCAACGAGCACACAGACCUUGAGCUGUGGGGCGCGCUGCGCCAGGCCGACCUGGUAGGCGCGGAGGCGAAGAUGGAGGACAAGACGCAGCGGAUCCACCUCGACAGCACCGUGGACGAGGAGGGACUGAACUUUUCGCUGGGCCAGCGGCAGCUGAUGGCGCUGGCACGGGCGCUGGUGCGCGGGGCGCAGAUUAUCGUGUGCGACGAGGCGACGUCGUCGGUUGAUAUGGAGACGGAUGCGAAGAUCCAGCGCACUAUCGUCGAGGGCUUCCGCGGUAAGACGCUGUUGUGCAUCGCCCACCGCCUGCGCACUAUUAUCGGCUAUGACCGCAUCUGCGUCAUGGACCAGGGCCAGAUUGCGGAGCUCGACAGCCCGUUGAGGCUCUGGGAGAAGGACGGCGGCAUCUUCAGGGGCAUGUGUGAAAGGAGCGGCAUCAGGAAGGAAGACAUCGUCGAGGCGGCGGUGGAGAGUGGUGUGUUGAAGGAGUGA